AACUUCGCCUUGACCGACCGCACUCGCCCGCCGUCGCGAACCUCCCUCCCUCCCCUCUCACGACAAUCCACCUCAAGGCAAGCGGCUGGCCCUCGUCGCGCUCCCAUGUUCGCUUCACUCCUGGGAUCUCGCAAAGACCCCCGGUCCGAAACCACCCCUCUGCUCCAGGCUCUCGACAGGUACCGGCGACGCCAUGCCGACCCUAACCCGGACCUCAGCGUAGAUGGCGACGACGACGAUGAACAGGGCCACCACCAGUUCCCCCGCUAUGAGGACCACGAGGACGACCACGAGGACAGCGAUGGCCGCCGGGGAGACGGCCCUCUCUUACCAGUCUUCUCCGCCGAAUUUCUAGAUCGUAUACCCACAUACAACACCACGCAUGCUAUCCGAAUCCUCGUUAUCCAGCGAUGCGAAACAACCCUGUCAUGGGACCAGCUGCGCUCCCCACAGGUCUCGCAAUUCCUCGUCAAGCCCAUCCAGCAGCAAAUCCUCGCCGACCAUUUCUCGCGCGGCGCUAUAUACUGUCUGCUGGCAAACUGCUUGCAGUUUCGCAAGGAGGGCGAGGCUAAUCCGGCCAACAUCGGGGUGAACAAAUCAAGGGCUUUGGUGUGUGAGCUGCUGGCUAUGCGUCUGCUCAAGGAAUUCUCCACCCGUGAACUCAUCGAUGCCCUCUCCUACGACUUCUACCCUCUGCAGGGUCUUUCAAAUCCGGGGACAGGCGUGGCGACCCCUGGUGCGAAUCGAAACUCACAAAACCUGCGCUCCGCUUCCACGCGCAUCUCGUCGGUUGAAAUUGCUAUCCGCGCCCAGGCAAAGAAGUUCUUAGCACAUCCCUUGGUGGUUCAGCAGCUCGAGGCCAUCUGGGCCGGCACUAUUGUCUUCCACUCCGUCGCGGAUAGUCUACAUCGGAAACCGGAACCCAUGAUGCGGCAUUACCGCACCUUUGAUGAUAAUCCUUCACCCGGCAGGGGCCCAUCACGUCGUCUUUCGCCCACAAAACCUGCCCAUACACAACCAGAUCCUCCUAAUGCGGCGCUCAUGCGGAAGACAGUGACCCUCUAUGAUCCACACGACGCCUCCCUCUUCAAACUUUCUCGUCUUCGAGUGCCUCGCUACCGCAACUUAUUUUCUACCCUUUCCUUCGGCGUAAUGCUUGGCCUAUUUUUGGCUGUGCUUGGCGAGAAAUCCGACGACAUUACCGCCCUGGAAGUGCUGUUCUGGUUCUGGAGCGCUGGCUACAUGCUUGACGAACUUGUUGGUUUUUCCGAACAGGGGUUCGGAUUGUAUAUCAUGAGCGUGUGGAACGCCUUUGAUCUAGGCAUUCUACUCAUGUUCUUGGUGUAUUACGUGUUACGACUGUACGGUAUCCUCAUGCCCGACGUGCAUAGCAGGCACGACAUGGCCAGCAUGGCGUACGAUGUUCUCGGAUCCACGGCCGUUCUUCUUUUCCCACGUCUGUUCUCUGCUUUAGACCAUUAUCGCUACUUUUCGCAGCUCCUCAUCGCCUUUCGCAUGAUGGCUAUGGACCUAGUCGCCAUCCUGGUCCUUAUCGUCAUAAGUUGCUCUGGCUUCUUUGUGGCUUUUACUCUUGCUUUUAAAAAAGACAUGGGUCCUGGUAACACAGCCUAUGCUCUAUUCCAGUUGGUUAUGGGAUUCACGCCAGCAGCAUGGGAUAUUUGGGCCGAUUACAACCCCCUGGGCAAGACUAUCCUGGCUCUUUUCCUCUUCAUCUGUCACUUCCUCAUUGUUACUAUUCUGGUCACAGUAUUGACCAACUCAUUUAUGGCUGUGGUGCAGAAUUCCAACGAGGAGCACCAGUUUUUGUUUGCUGUCAACACCAUCUCCAUGGUCAAGUCCGACGCUCUCUUUUCUUAUAUUCCCCCAACCAACAUCAUUGGCUGGCUGCUCAUUCCUUUGAAGUAUGUCAUACCUUUUAGGAAAUUCAUACGCUUCAAUCGCUUCGUCGUCAAGAUGACCCAUAUGCCCGUUCUGUUCAGUGUUUUUCUGUACGAACGGCUGCUCCUGGCAAAUCUUGAAUACGGACCUACCGAUUUGGUGGAGCAACGUGGACGAUCGCAUUCCAAAGCCCCGAUGCCUGCUUUCAGCAUUCGCGGCCCCAUCGAUAUUUUCAGCCCAGGGACUCGACUGCGCGAACCCUCCAUUGCUACCUUUCGCAAAGACCGUGCCCUUGAAGAGGUCUUCCGGCGUCCUUUUCGGGACACGAGUCUACAGGCACCUUCGAAUCUCGGGGGUAGACGGAACUCGAGCAACGUGGUGAAAGAUUGGAUGAAAAGAAUGGGCAGCGAUGAAGGCGAUGCCGCUCCGCCCCAAGAAGACACAAGGUCGCUUUUGGAACGUCUCGAGACGAGAGCUCGACCAGGCAUGAGGCGCACCAAAACGUCUGGGCAACUGCAAUUGAGACGCAAUCAUGUGUUCACGGCUAGAGCUGUCAAUUCUGAUCCAGACGAUCACAAUGCGAGCCCCUUUACGCAACCAAUCGCCGAGGAAGAAGAACCGGCUAUGGAGAUACAAGAUCAACCACAGCAAAGCGAUGAUGAUGGCGACGACGAGCUUCUCACCAACGACGAAGACGGCGCUUCCGACCAGACUCCAAAGAACAGAGGCAAUCUGGACAAAGUGACUCAAUUACGUGAUGCGACCUACGAGACCUCCGAAGACGAGUUCUUCCGCACUCCCAUGGCUGUUAUGAGACCGAAAACGCCCAUGGCUCGCACUCCAGCGAGAGCCGUUUCCCCAACCUCUGCAGGCUUCGCCCCCGGAUCUGCGUCACCCAACAAACGGCACGCCCGUCAAAAGCCCGGGCACAACCGCAAUUGGUCCACCAACACUGUUCUCUUCAGCCCAUCCAAAGAAGAUGCAUCGUCCAACUCUUUGUCACGAUCCCCCGAACGACCUCCUCGCACCGGAACCCGCAGCGGGGCCGCAACCCCAGGACGAAAGCCCAUCAUCACCAGCAGCAACGACGGUCGCAAAACUCCUAAACGCACCAUGCUAAGCAGCUCACCCGCAACGCGCACCCGUCCCAUCAUGCCACCUCCUCACCUCAACUUCGCGUCUUCCAACAACAUUUCCCAGCUCAUUGCGAGCAACCAGCGCGGCCGCGAACGUUCCUUCAACGCCAUGGCUCUAGACUUGGCCUCGGAUCUCGGCGACAACCGCCAGCAACCCGACUUCGGUGCCCUCAACAACCUGCCAGCGUCGUUCAGCACGCAGCUGGAAAUGGCAGCGCGGGCGCGGGCGCGGGCUCAAGAGAGGAGCGGAAGCGACGAGGAGUCGAAGCGCAUGAGUAGGAUCAUGCUUGCGCGGAUGACGACGCUCGAAGAGGGAUUCCGCGACGUGCUGAAGGAGGUCAAGGGGCUCGUCAAGGGGAGCGAGGGAGGCACAUCGACGCCACCGUCGGAAUUGGCAGCUAUGAAGGCGAAGAAGGGGAAAGCGAAGAAGAAGAAUGGAAAAAGGAGUGCUGGGGGUGAAGGAGGAGGGUUCGGAGGAGGGUUACCGGCCGUGCAGGAGCCGAGGAUGGGGUCGAGUGUGUAA